AGAACUAUAAUAUCUUAUCUUUCUGGUGACGGAGCAGAUUUGGUUAAAAGAACAAAAGAACUGGGGCCAAAGAGUUUGCCGUAUCGGCUUUCUUCGGACCCAACGUAACCCUUCAUCUCUGUUCUUUCUGGCUUUUUAACUGUACAUUCCCUUCAGUUUCAGUACUUUCGAAUUAUUUUCAUCUUCCUUUUUCCUCUUAUAAAUUCUCGGUCAUGGCAUCGGAACCAAAGAAGAUCAUAAUAGAUACUGACCCUGGCAUUGAUGAUGCCAUGGCAAUAUUUCUGGCAUUACGAUCGCCUGAGGUGGAGGUCAUUGGACUUACAACUAUUUACGGAAAUGUUUACACCACGCUGGCCACCAGAAAUGCCUUGCAUUUGUUAGAGGUUGCAGGGAGAACUGAUAUACCAGUGGCUGAAGGCUCCCAUGUCACGUUAACUAAAGGAACAAAACUUCGCAUUGCUGAUUUUGUCCAUGGUGCGGAUGGGCUUGGCAACCAAAAUUUCGCUUCACCUGUAGGAAAGCAUAUUGAAAAAUCAGCUGUUGAUUUCCUGAUUCAGCAAGCAAAGAACAAUCCUGGCGAAGUCACUGUAGUGGCGUUAGGUCCACUUACAAAUAUUGCAUUGGCUAUCCAGCAGGAUCCCGACUUUUCUAAAAACAUUCGCCAGAUUGUUCUUCUUGGUGGUGCUUUUGCAGUGAAUGGCAAUGUAAAUCCAGCUGCUGAGGCCAAUAUAUUCGGUGACCCAGAUGCUGCGGAUGUUGUAUUUACUAGUGGGGCAGAUGUGGUGGCAGUAGGGAUAAAUGUCACGCACCAAGUUGUCUUGACAGCUGCUGAUCGAGAGAAGUUGGCAAGUUCAAAAGGCAAAUUUGCGCAAUACUUGACAAAAAUCUUGGACGUGUACUUCUCUUAUCAUUUUGAGGCAUACGAUACUACAGGUGUUUACCUUCAUGACCCAACGGCUCUUCUUGCAGCUGUUAAUCCUUCACUUUUAACCUACAUAGAGGGUGCUGUUAGAGUCCAAACUAAUGGCAUCACGAGGGGGCUCACGAUACUGUAUAAUAAACAGAAAAGGUUUGGUGAAGUUACUGAAUGGUCGGAUAAACCAUCUGUCAAGGUAGCUGUGACUGUUGAUGCUCCUGCUGUUGUUAAGUUGUUAAUGGAUCGGCUUAUGGACUCAUGAACCAUCCAUGAAGCCGUUUGAUGAUAAUUGAAGAGGGCAUCUGGGUUAGGGGUUCUCAAAAACUGUGAAUCAAGCAAACCAACGAAGCCCAAAUGAAAUUGUGUGGUUGGGUUCAGUUUGAAGGCCUGCGUUUGGGUUUGUUCCUGGUUUAUUUGAGAUCUGACUUAUUUUAAAUUUUAAAUACGCUUUGAAAGAGUUUAAAUUGAAUAAAAGCUAAUCAGGCCUUUAAGAUGUCUUGAAGCUCCUUUGUACUUUGCUCCAAAAAAAAAAAAGAAAGAAAGAAACUCCUUUGUACUUUUUUUGGCCACAAAAACUUCAUUGUACUA